CGUCUCGCCUGAUUGGUCGCCGCCCGGCGGCGCGGCGGGGUGGGGCGGUGCGGGGCGGUGCGGAGAUCAUACGCAGUUGCUCAGAGGUGGGGAAGCCGUACGCUGCUGGCUGGUCUGAGGAAAAGGGAACCAGACUCUGCGUGUUGCAGAUGUCAGCUACGCAGUGGAUUCACAACAUGGGUCGUGACAUGGGAACACCUUCUAAACAUCAACGACUGUGCUCUAAGCAUUUUGAGGACAGUUCUUUUGAAAUUGACCCCUUAAAAAUUAGAAAAAACAGACGCCUACUGAAAGAAGCUGUUCCCAAAAAAUUCAUUUUGGGUGAAGAUGGAAACUGGCUUGUUGGAACACCUCGAAGCUUCUGUGGCGGAAUAAGUAAUAAAACUCGAAAACGAAUCCGGAAUCCCGAACACUUGAAGGUCCCUGGGACGUUUGAUAAUGUUGCGGCCUGUGAGGGGAAGAACUUAGAAGACUGGCAGAAAGAACUUUACAAGAAAGUGAUAAAGGAGAACUAUGAAUCUUUAACCUCAUUGAGUAAAGACCACCCUGUUCCCCAAAAUGAUAUCCAGUCACGAGAAGCGCUGCAUGUCAAGGAUCAGCAAGAUACUGAGGAAAGAUACCUUGCUGCAAGUCUCAGCACAGGUUGUGGUGGGACUGUGAUCAAAUCUGAGAAGCAGAGUCAUGCACAGAGGUCAGAGAACACAGAACUGCAUGGAUCAUUUUCAGGAGGAUCCCAAGACCCGACUUGCCAAAUUUCAGACAAGGAAGUAACUUUUGAGAGUUGUCAGAACUCAGAAGCAGAUCAGGCAAUGGGAAGCAGAACAGGUAACAACUCUCCUGGUGACAGAGGAUCUAAUGAAUUCGAAGAGAUCCUUUUUUACCAGGAUACCCACACAGGAGAAAGACUUUAUCUGUGUACGGAAUGUAAGAAGACUUUUAAACUGAAAAUAGGACUUCUAAAACAUAAGCAAAUUCACACCAAAAAGAAUCAGAUAUCCUCAUACAUAUGUACGGACUGUGGUAAAAGCUUUGGUCGCCAUGCAGAUCUGAUUAGACACCAAAGAACUCACACAGGAGAGAGGCCUUAUAAAUGUACAGAAUGUGAAAAAAGUUUUACAGAAAAACCAAGACUUACAAAUCACUUGCGAACUCACAACAUAUACAUGUAAUCUGUGUGCCAAAAGUUUUAUUAGGAUAGAUUUUCCAUUCAUCUAUGAAAAAAUCCACCCAGAGAUGAUGGCUUAUAGUCAUAUAUUGAUUAUAGGGGAAGCUUUAAGAUGAGAGCAGUUUUAUUAAACUGAAUCAAAUUCAAGCAUGAAAUGCAUCUGGUUGAUGCCAGCCUAAUAAGCAAUGAUUAGUAGCAGAUUUUAAUUAGUGGCCAGAUGAUUCGUAUCUGGGAGAGGGAGGUGUAUAGAGCUGUGACGGUACCAAAGGCAUGAUAAAAAAAAAAAAUUCUGAAGCACCAAACAGCCUGUGCUGGAGAAUGCCUGUAUUAAUGCAGAAAAAUGCUGGAAGCUUUUCAAAUACGAGAAGACUGUGAAAGAUCAGCACAAAAUAUUUAGAUCAGAACAGGAUUGUCCGCAGAGUUAUAAGCAGAAAACGGGGCUUCUAAGAGCUUACAUUGAGGUAAAUGAUUGAGCUUGAUGCAAGAAUAGCAAGAAAUGUUAGUUCAGCACUUACAGUCAUAGGACAGUAACGAUGGCAGUGAAAGCACAAUUGCAUGGAAAUCAGACUCACACAGGUGCUUCCAACAUCUCACAGUGGGUGAGAGGCUGGUUUCAGUUCUGAGAUUCUGGAGAAGAGCAAGGGCAUGUUCUUAAUGUAUGCGCAAAGUAGAUGUACAAUUACUGUUCUCUGUAAACUAAAGAGAGAAGCAAUAGCUUCACUAACAGGGACAAGAUUAACAGCCAGAAGGAGGGGAGUCCUGUGGAGACAGUGGUGAUAGAUCAUGCACCUUCUCUGCAGGAUGGGGAGGAUCUGCAGUAUUUUUGCGUAUUCCAAUUGAGUGCAAAGAUUGAAAAACUAGUGUAACUUCCUAGUUCAAAGCACCGGUUUUGCAGUGAGACCUUGAAUUAAGUUGAUGUUCUCACCUUCCCAUGAGAAAUAGUAGCAAGAAACAAUGGUGCUGCGAUGGAGUGUGAUAAAUUCUGAAGGCAACUGUGUAACGCAGAGUGUGAUAAAUUCUGAAGGCAACUGUGUAACCUGGUUGUUACACUAGGAUGGGACUAAACUUGCCCCCAAGGGAUCCCUGCCAGUCCUAAAUAUGGGCAUGGCUUACAGAAAACUCUUUUCUCCCUGGCUUCUCACUAUUUCCUUCUCAUAAAUUACCCUGGGGACAGCUUUUCUUUCGCUGUUCUCCCAUGUAACUUAAUGUUUCAGUAGCCCAAAGCAGAACCUCAGUGAAAGAGCCCCUGUCGGAAACUCUGCCUCCUUCCUCCGCUGUUCUGCAAGUGCAGAGCUAAGGAGCGUCCGUCCAGGGAAAGACCAGGCAGAGACGGUCACCUAAAACAGACGUUGUAUGCUCCAGAAUGCUAAUAUUAAUGUUUGUUUAGCAGGUUAAAUGGAGACAGAGAUUAAAUGGAGUUAGAGAUGCAAAGCCACACAGCAGUGGGGGUUUUCAGAAUAAUGAUUAUGUGUAGUUUCACUCGUUAAAAAUUCUGAGCAGAUCUUAGCAUUAGUAGUGGGCAUAGUGAGAAUGGACGGCUAGAGGAACUGUGGCUUCUGCAAAGACAAUUCUGGUUUUGUUUGAAUGGUGAAAGUUCAGAUUUGUAGGGAAAUGCAGAGUCAUACCAACUUUAUGUUGAAGUGACUUGUUUGUGUCCUAAGAAAUUAGUGUCUGAAAUACCUGGAACUGGCAGACGCUGUAUCUGUGAUUUUGUGAAAAUUUUAUUUUCUAUUGCCUAUGAGCAGAAGGGCUUUGAUUUGGCAAGAAGACAGCACCUAACAUACUUUCUCUCUGACCUGAGACUCGGAGCAUGUACAGUAAGAGAAAUGUGUAACUUGAAGCUUAGAGAUGUCUUCUAAGGGGCUUGGCGAAGUACUUUCUACUUGUGACAAAACAUGCAGAGAUUUUAAUGGAUUUAGAAUGAAAAGGAAAAUAAAAGAAUCUGCCAAGCCUGUCAGCUUUAAAGGUAAGUUUUAUUGGCUUUGUUUCUAACAAAUACAGCAACAAACCCUUGUUCAGUUCCAUCAAUGCUGGUAGGAAUUUUGCCAUAAUUGAGAAUAGGCUUAGGCUCUUAAUAAUUAAACAGUUUGUGUGCUAUAGUGAUCAUUCUCUCAACAUACUACUGUUAUAUAAUAUAAACUCCAAAAAGUUAUUUCUGAAGCUAUAUUUAAACAGUGUCUUUUCAGACUCCAUGAAAGUAACACUAAAACUUAAAAUGUAGUCAAGAUUUAUGCCCAGUGCUGAGGGACAUGAAACAUUGUUAAUACACAGUGGUUACUUGGAUAGGGCAUUUCUGUUCCUCCUGUAUCCAAAAAGCAAUUCACUAUAGAGCAAAUUACCCUGUUUUCAAGAACUUAUUUACCUAUAUAAUGUAUGAGGCCCUCUUGUAGGUGCACCUUUACUGGUCAGUGCAUCUCUUGGGUACCUUCCUGUGUUAUGAUGCAACGAUGCCCCAUCUGUUACCAUAGCUGAAUGGUCCACACAAUAAAUCAGCUUCUUAAAUUAAAAAAAAAGAAUAUAACAUAAGUUUAGCAUCAGAAAGCCCAGCAACAUACACCAUUAUCCUAGUCCAAAAUGUAGACUAAAGUAGAAUAGAACAAGCUUGACUGAAGUGUGAUUAAAAAAUACAGUAAUUCUUUAGUCUAGCAUCUGGUAGAAGUACUUGGGAAGUUAAGAUGGGAAACAAGUAGGAGGGAUGUAUUAACUAGCCAUUCCUUGCCUGAGUCUUUGUACAGAAACACAUGUGCAGGAAUUGUGAGAUUGUCUGGAUUCCUCUCCGGGAGCUUUUGUUUCAGUUCUCUUCAAUCAUGAAGUUUGGCUUGCUACGGGAUAAAUUCUGUUCUGAACCUUGUAGUGGGGAGAGUAAGAAGUCUAAGUGAAAAUCAGUGUAUUUGCCUCUAAAAAUAAUGUUCAUGCAUCAGGAAAUACCAGCUACUGCGUAAACUGUUGUGUUUGUGCAGUCACAGAAAAAAAGUCAGAUCCUUAGCAAGUUAGGUAUUUAUUAAAGAGAAUUUACAGUUCAUUUUUUCCCCCAAAAAAAGUUACUGGUCAUGUUUAAUCUGAAAAUGUAAAGCUUACCCUGAUAUAUAACACCUUAUCAGGAAUAACAGUGACAAACACAUGCAAGAAUAAAAUAUUUCUAGUUUUAAUAGCCCUUAUAUUCUGCUGAAUGGUAGAAACAAGCUCUGGAUGUAGCAUAUGAGAGUCUUCUGCCCUGUUUUGGUUGUGCUUUAUGGUUUGCAGUCUUAAGUGUCCUUUCCCAUUCUGCUCUGUUCAGUUUACAAAUUACAGAUUAUCUGGCAUUUCAUGACUAAUGUUGACAAUAGAUUGUUUCUUUUUAAAGUUUUUCUGUACUUGUCUCUCUUUUUAACUGGUCUCUUCAAAUGAAGAAUCUCAUCUUCUGUGUUCAACUGGUGCCUUGUAUGCAGUGGGUGCUACUGAAAUGCAAAUAAAAAAUGAACUACCCAAGCUGA